AUGUUCGCCUUUUGGCGAUUCCUCGAAAUCAUCACCUUGAUACCAACAAUGGGCAUGCUCGCCUACUUCGUCGACGGCUACGUCAAAGCCAACCAGCUCACGCCCACCUACAUCCUCAUCCUCUUCAUCGUCUCCGUCCUCGCGCUGGCCUGGUGCAUCGCCACGCUUUUCACCUACCACCGCUCCUCCACCAACGCGCAAUUCGUCUCCUUUGUCGACCUCGCUUUCGUCGGCGCCUUCAUCGCCGCCGUCUUUUACCUACGCUGGAUCGGCAACGUGAACUGCACCUCGGUCGACCGGGGCAACCCGUACUUUGUCGACUUGGGCGCUGUCGGGUCUGCCAACUUUAAUACGUUCCGCAUCAAUAUCAAUAAGACGUGCGCCAUGUUGAAAGCAUGCUUCGCUUUUGGUAUCAUGAAUUGCAUCUUCUUCUUUAUUACCAGUCUGUUGGCGUGGAUUCAUGGUGGACAUACCGCACGGGGCGAGAGAGUUUACACGAGGAAGACGACGACUCAUCACCAUCAUCAUCACGGUGGACAUGGGAGGAGGAGUCAUAGUGGGAGCCAUAGUCGCAGCAGGAGGUCAAGGUCGCAUUCGAGGUCGUAUGUUUAG